CAAAUAAAUAUGAAAAAUCCACUUCACUGAAGGAAGAAGAUAAUAAAGAUCGCUGUUAUUGAAGUUGUUUUCGAUCAUCGUCACCAUCAUAUCUGUUUCUGAAAUCACCGAAACCCUAAAAAGUUGAAAUGGAAGAAGAUGGUUCCAACUCAAACCGCCGCACGUCAGGCCGAACCCGAAAAGUUGCCUCCAAAAUGGUCGCCGCACUUGCUAGCUCCGACAACCGCACCCAAGCUGCUCUCGCACGGUUGGACGCUUUGGAGAAUGAUAAUGCCGGAUUCGAAGUUCCAGAUCCCAAUCUUGACGACGACGAAGCUUCUCUAGACGACGAUGAUCAAGUGUUUAUGCAGAGAAAACAAUCUAAAGGCACCAAGAGAAAAACAAGACAAGCAAAAGCACUUGAAGCUAGGAAGGCUCCAAGAACAUUUCUUGAGCUUUUACAUGAUGCGAAUUUAGAAUCAUUGCCUCCGCAUGUUCCAUCUUAUUGGAAAGCAGCUGUUGGACCCCCGAGCUCGACCGCGCGGCGUCAUUUUUGUACUGUAUGUGGUUUCUCUGCCAAUUACACUUGUGUUAGAUGUGGUAUGCGCUUUUGUUCAAAUCGGUGUCAAAAUGUGCAUAAUGAUACUAGAUGCUUGAAAUUUGUUGCUUAAUACAUUUUGGUUGAUAAUCAGUAUUCGAUACAUGUUUGCUGUAUUAAGUUGUCAAAUUUCAUUUUUCACCGACAAUGUGUAUAAAUUAAGUUGUUUAGUGAAUCAAGUUCGCCUUCUUUUUUUUUUGUUGA